AUGGCUACCAACAGACUUCAAUCUCUUGCACAUCACCUCUCCGCUACCUCUCCUUUACCACAUCCAUUCGAUCCUCUUUCCAAUGCAGAAAUUGAGAGAGCUGUUCAGAUCAUCCGAGCUGAGAAGGGGUCUCUUCAUUAUAAUGCCAUCACACUGUAUGAACCACGUAAAAAGGAGAUGAUGAAAUGGCUUGAAAGUCCACAAAGUAUCCCAAGACCAAAGAGGAUGGCGGAUGUGGUAGUCAUUGCGCCGGGCGGUAAGGUUUACGAUGGUUUGGUGGAUCUGGCAGAGAGAAGAGUGGUGAAAUGGGAAAAGAUUGAUGGUGUACAACCUUUGAUCACCAUGGAAGAUCUCCAAACUGUUGAACAUGUCGUUCGAAAAGACCCCAAGGUAAUUGAACAAUGUGUUUUGAGUGGUAUUCCAGCGGAAGAUAUGCACAAAGUAUAUUGCGACCCUUGGACCAUUGGUUACGAUCACCGAUUUGGUAACGACGUUCGCCUACAACAAGCACUCAUGUACUACCGACCUCACAUGGAUGAUUCUCAAUACUCUUUUCCCCUUGAUUUCUGUCCUAUUUUUGAUGCCGAAAAGCAAAAGAUCAUCCACAUCGAUAUCCCCGAUAUUCGAAGACCAGUCAACAAGGCACCACCGAACAAUUACCAUCCAGCGAGUAUAGAAAAGGACGGGGGUUACAGAAAAGACAUCACUCCAAUCAAUAUUACACAGCCAUCUGGCGUGUCAUUCAAGGUAGAUGGUCGGGAGAUUAAUUGGCAAAACUGGAACUUCCAUGUUGGAUUCAAUUACAAAGAAGGAAUUGUCCUUAACAAUAUUACAUACAACGAUAAGGGCAACGUCAGACCAGUGUUUUACAGGCUUUCUCUCGCAGAGAUGGUCGUUCCUUAUGGUAACCCCGAGCAUCCCCAUCAACGCAAACACGCUUUUGAUCUCGGAGAAUACGGAGGAGGAUACAUGACCAACAGUCUCACCCUCGGCUGCGACUGCAAAGGUGCAAUCCAUUACAUGGACGCCGCCUUCGUAAACCGCGCGGGUGAAAGCACUACCAUCAAAAAUGCCAUCUGCGUCCACGAAGAAGAUGCCGGCAUCCUCUUCAAGCACACCGAUUUCCGCGAUGAGUCCGUCAUUGUAACGCGCGGUCGUAAAUUGAUCGUAUCCCACAUUUUCACGGCCGCCAACUACGAAUACUGCGUGUACUGGAUAUUCCACCAAGACGGCACGAUCCAACUCGAAAUCAAACUCACCGGUAUCUUAAACACCUAUGCCAUGAACCCAGGUGAAGAUACCAAAGGCUGGGGUACCGAAGUCUAUCCCGGCGUCAACGCACACAAUCAUCAACAUCUUUUCUGUCUCCGCAUCGAUUCCAACAUCGACGGCCCUGAUAACACUGUCUUCCAAGCCGACGCGAUGCAAGGUGCCGGCGAGGUCGGUUCCGUGGAAAACCCCUACGGCAACGCCUUUUUCGCCAAGAAAACAGAAUACAAAACAGUCAAUGAGUCUAUCAGUGAUUACGACGGCGUCACAUCCCGCACGUGGGAAAUGGCCAAUACGAAUAAACUAAACCCCUACUCCCACAAACCCGUCUCCUACAAACUAGUCAGUCGAGAAAUCCCCAAGCUCCUCCCCAAAGAAGGCUCACUGGUCUGGAAACGCGCCGGCUUCGCCCGUCACGCCGUCCACGUCACGCCAUACUCCGACGACCAACUCCACCCCGCCGGUCGCCACGUCCCUCAAACAUCGGGAGAGCCUAGCGCCGGUCUCCCGGAAUGGAUUGCCAACGGCAAUGCUUCAAUUCAAAAUACGGAUAUUGUACUUUGGCACACGUUUGGUAUUACGCAUUUUCCCAGUCCAGAGGAUUUCCCCAUUAUGCCGGCGGAACCUAUGACGUUGUUGCUGAGACCCAGAAAUUUCUUUAUUAAGAAUCCGGCGUUGGAUGUUCCGCCUAGUUAUUGUAGUACGCCUAGUAGUGUGGCGGCGAGUAAGGGUGGGGUGCUGAAGAGUGUGUUGAAUUUGGCGGAUGGGGAGAGUAGGUUGGUGGAUGGGAAGAAAUGCUGCGAGUGA